AUGUUUGCAGAGUAUCUCACCACCUCGAGGGGGGCGGAGCUUCUUGACCCUUGGUUUGCCAAGGCUAUUGAGCAGCUGCCAUCGACUAUACGCCAGGAGAUGCCGGGUUUACCUCUGUGUGCAGCGGCUCCCCCUCUUCGACUUUUCCAGGCGCGGCAGCGGCAGUUGGCUGUAGAGGAGCUCCAGGCACUGCGCCGCUCGGCUCGUGACGAUGCCACCCUGGCCCAUCUCACAUUCACUGCGGCGGAGUGGGGCAUUGCUGCUGCUAUACGGCUCGGUCUCCCAAUUCAGCAGCUGCAGGUCGCGAGGAGGUGUGUUUGUGGCGCAGCGUAUGUUGACCCAGCAGACCCGCAUCAUGCCUUGAGAUGCAAGCACCAGCAUGGUCCAUCUCGGGUGCAUGAUGAGGUGAAAUUUGCGGUGGCGAGGAUCUCUAAGGCGUCAGGGGGGGUGGUGACGAUGGAGGAUGGUGUGGUGCUGCCGGGGAAGCGGGUUGACGUGGCGGUGCGACGACCAAUGGCCGGGGAGGCCCACGCUCUAGAGAUCAGCGUCGCGGACCAGCUAUCGCUGUCCCCAUCUCUGCUAGGGCAGUGUGGUCGUUCUAUUGGUGUGGCGGCAAGGGAGUGGGAGCGUCGCAAAACGAGUGAUUACGCGCCUCUGCUUGCGCGCAACCGGGGCGUGCAGUUCACUCCGUUGAUAGUAGAGACGUGGGGAUGUCUUGGCGGGCGUUUCCGGCAGUGGCUUCGACGACAGGGGGAUGCACACGUGGGGCUAGCCGUGUCACGGGGGGCUUGUCGGGAGGAUGACUUUUCGUUUUCGGCUUAUCUUUUGUGGUCUCUAAAGGCGCUCAUUGGGGUAGCGUUACAACGGGCGCAAGCUCGUGUCAUCCUGCUUCGAGCGGCGUCUUCUAUAGGGGGGAUGAAUGUGGACUUGGUGGACCGGGAGAAGGACGACGUCGAGGAGGAGGGUGGGGCUCUUUGGGUGGAGGCCCCGUAUAUGGUGGAUGCGCAAAUGUGA